AUGGCAACAUCAGAAUCAGUGUUUCCAGACCAAAGUGACUUUGAUUAUGAUUAUGAGACUUUGCGGACCACAGGGGUUAUCCUUGCUGUUAUUAUGUUUGUCUCUGGCAUUUUAAUAGCCCUGAGUAAAAAAUUCACAAAAUGUGUAAAAUCCUCAUCCAAUUCCAGCUCUUCUGGCACCCCAAUUCCAAAGACAGAGGUUCCUCCUCCAGCUGUAUAG